GCUUCACCCCCCCCCUUUCCCCUCGUUGCAUCAGGUUCUUUUCAUGUGGCCGCCGGCGAGUCACUGACCGGAGCGGUCCCAUGACUCAGGCGGGGGGAUGGGGGGGGACCUGCCGGGGGGAUAAAUAGGCGCCCAGGGGCCCCGCCAGGCUCAGAAUAACGGGACCGACGAUCUGCCAGAGACGGGCCGGGACCCCUCGCACGUCCCCCCGCGCAGACCUGCCAAGGAAACCCCCCCACCCCGGACUGUGCUGGAGCAUUGCUACUGCCGGACUCCUGGGUUCCCUCUCCGGCUCCGGGAGAGGAGCGAGGUCUAGUGGUUAGAGCAGGGGGGGCACCAGGACGCCUGGGUUCUCGCCCCGGUUUGGGCUCGGACCCGGCACUGCCUGUCAGCCCUCAGCAUGUGGGGUGGCUCGACCCCCGUCCCGGCGGAGUCCUGGCUGCUGCUGGCUGCCCUGAUGUGGGGGACCCGGCCCCCUGCGCCCUCCCAGGCUGCCCCCCUGCAGAACUCCAGCCCCCUGUACCAGUUCGACGGGCAAGUUCGGCUCCGACACCUGUACACGGCCAACGCCCACACGCAGCUGUACCUGGAGAUCACCCCGCAGGGCGAGGUGCGCGGGGCCCCCGACCAGACCCCCUACAGUCUGAUGGAGAUUAAGGCGGUGAAGCCGGGUGUGAUCCGGAUGCAGGCGAUGAAAACGCUCCUGUUCCUGUGCAUGGAUCCCAGUGGGCAUCUGCAUGGGGCGAGCUCCUACUCGGAGGAGGCCUGUAAUUUCCGCGAGAAGGUGCAGCGGGACGGUUACAACCUGUACUUCUCCGAGAGCCACAAGGUCCCCGUCAGCCUGCGGCCGGCAGAGGGGCCCCCCGGCCGAGGGCGCCCGGCCCCCCGUCUCUUCCACUUCCUGCCCAUGGUCAGCCGGGUGCCGGUGGAGCCCGUCCUGCUGGAAUACGACUUCUACGGCGACCCGCCGCUCGACGUGGAGUCCUCCGACCCCCUCAGCAUGAUGGGUCGCCUCUCCCGGGUCCUGAGCCCCAGCUACAUCUUCUGAGACCCUGGACUCCUGGGUCCCCUGCCCGGCUGGGAGGGGAGUGGGGGCUAGUGGUUAGAGCAGGGGGGAGCUGGGAGCCAGGACGCCUGGGUUCUCUCCGCGGCUCUGGGACCGAUUUCCCCUGGACUGGGAUCUAUGGACGCCGGCGCUGAGCAGCCUGAGGGAGACACUGGUCCCCGAGGCGCAACGUCAUCGGUCCUCGGGGCCGACUCCCACCAGCCGUAUUUGGUUCCUAUUUUUCUACGUAUUUAAUAACUUAUUUAUUAUGCUGAUGGGUUUAUUUAUUGACUGGGUUCGUGGAAUCCGGGGCGGGCAGGCACCGGGGGGGGGAUUCUUGUUAUUUAUUGGGGCAUCGCUCCAGGGCUGGCUCUUUCGCGCGGGGUCCGUGGCGGCUUCGUGGACGAUGGCUUCAGA